AAGAAUGCAAAGUGUCAUAAAUGUGAUAAAAUAGGGCACAUACAGAAAGCAUGUAGAUCUGGAGGACCAGCACAUAAAAAUAAAUAUGAUAAAAAGGGGAAGAAAAGCAGUGAGUGAAGAGAGGAGAGAAGGACAGGCUAUGUGCAAACUGACAAAAAUGAAGAUGAUGUUGGUGAUAUUUUGACUGUUUUCAGCACAAAUGGUGCAGGCCGACAGCCAUACAAGGCCAUUUUUGAUGUAAAUGGAAAGAAAGUCCUGAUGGAAAUAGACACAGGAUCAGGAAUGAGUAUAAUCUCAGAAGAUGUCUAUGAGCAGUCAUUCUCACAUGUGCCACUAGUGGGCAGCCGCGUAAAGCUAAAGGGCUACUCAGGGGAGCCAAUUUCUGUUAAAGGCCAGUUUAUGGCAAAAGUGGCUUAUGAAAAUCAGACUGCUAGCCUACCACUGAUAGUUGUGGGAGUUGAGGGUCCUUCACUGUGUGGGAGAGAAUGGCUAGAUGAGAUCAAGCUAAACUGGAAAAUGAUUAAAGCAGCCGCAAUCAACACAGUUGCUGAAAAUUUAACAUCAGCACAAAAGCCCAAAUCGAUUCAAGAAGUGCUGGCUAAAUAUGAUGAGGUAUUCAAGGAUGAGCUUGGAACAUUAAAGGACAUUAAAGCCACAAUUUCUGUAAAGCCUGAUGCAGUUCCAAAGUUCCACAAAGCCCGCGUCCUGCCAUUCGCCAUGAAAGAAAAAGUUGAAAAGGAGCUGCAGCGCCUAGAAAAGGAGGGUGUCAUCAGUCCAGUGAAACACAGUGACUGGGCUGCUCCAGUGGUUCCAGUGCUUAAGCGGGAUGGAGGACUUCGCUUGUGUGGCGACUACAAGGUAACUGUUAACUUGGCUACAAACGCUGAAACGUACCCCCUACCAAGAAUUGAGGAGGUGUUAGCAGCACUAUGUGGAGGAAAAAUAUUUUCUAAAAUAGAUCUAGCAGCAGCCUAUCAACAAGUACUCCUGGAUGAAGAGUCGAAAAAGUAUACAACAGUGAAUACUCAUAAAGGACUGUUUGUGUACAAUAGACUUUGUUUCGGUGUCACUUCUGCUGUUAGCAUUUUUCAACGCAUUAUGGAGAACCUGUUGAAAGAUCUUGAUGUGGUAAAUUAUCUCGAUGAUUUAUUGAUUAUGGGCCGAGAUGAAGCCCAGCAUCUCGUGAACCUGGACAAGGUUUUACAGAGACUGCAAGAGAACGGCAUGAGAGUGAAAAAGUCAAAGUGUGACUUCGGCAAGACACAGAUUGAAUAUCUGGGACAUGUGCUGGACGGGAAAGGCGUCUACCCAUCCAAAAAUAAGGUCAUAGCCAUAUAUGAUGCUCCGGCACCCAUAAAUGUCAAAGAGCUCAGAGCUUUCCUGGGCCUAGUUAACUACUAUGGACGUUUUGUGCCUCAGCAAAGCACAAUUUUGGCGCCACUUUACACGCUACUGAAAGACAAAGUUAAAUGGAGAUGGCGCGAGACGGAGCAGAGUGCUUUUGGCAAAUGCAAGGAGCUUUUGACCAGUGACCAAGUGCUGGUUCACUAUGAUCCACGUCUGCCGCUUUCGCUUGCAUGUGAUGCUUCUGCUUAUGGAAUCGGAGCAGUGAUACAGCACACAACACCAGACGGGCAUGAACAUCCAAUAGCCUAUGCUUCCCGCACGCUCUCUCCGGCAGAGAAAAACUAUUCACAGAUAGAAAAAGAGGCAUUGAGCCUGGUGUUUGGUGUGAAGAAGUUCCAUCAAUAUCUGUGGGGGCGCAAGUUUGACUUAAUAUCCGACCACAAGCCCCUGCUCGCGCUGUUUGGAGAACGUAAGGGACUUCCUACAAUGGCAGCAGCGCGCAUACAGAGACGGGCCAUCAUACUGUCUGCGUAUGAUUACCACAUGACAUACCGCAGGUCAGAGGAGCACGGCAAUGCGGACGGGCUGUCUCGUGUUCCGCUGCCUGAGACGAAAGAUACAGAUACAGAGACAAUGACAGCUUGCAUAAAUGCACUGUUAUAUGAGCACCUUGAGGAGGCACCGUUGAGUGAAAAACAAAUUUCCAAGGCUACACGAAAGGACACAGAGCUUUCAAAACUGCACAGGUACAUCAUGGAAGGAUGGCCAAAAGAAAUACCAGAUGAACUGAGGGUGUACUACAGAAAGAGAGAUGAGCUAUCUGUCGAACAGGGGUGUGUUCUAUGGGGAACAAGAGUAAUAGUACCUGCAAAAAUGAGAGGUGCAGUGCUAAAAGAGAUCCACGACGGACACCCUGGCAUUGUAAAGAUGAAGACAAUUGCACGACAAUAUGUCUGGUGGCCAAAUGUAGAUAUGGAUGCUGAGAGAGUCUGCAAGCAGUGUGAAACCUGCCAGCUGGAACAGCGCACGCCACGCCAAGUCCCGCUGCAUCCCUGGGAAUUUCCUGGAGAGGUUUGGAAAAGACUACACAUUGACUUUGCAGGCCCAUUCUUAGGUCACAUGUUCAUGAUUGUGGUUGAUGCAUACUCUAAGUGGUUGGAGGCUUACAAAAUGGCACAAAUCACAUCUACUGCAACCAUUACACUACUUAAGAGACUGUUCGCAUCAUUCGGUGUGCCGGAACAAAUUGUCACAGACAAUGCAACAACGUUCACAUCGGAUGAGUUUCAGCAGUUUAUAAAGAGGAAUGGAGUCCUUCACACGACCGGUGCGCCGAGACAUCCAGCUACAAAUGGACUGGCUGAAAAAUAUGUUGCUAUUUUCAAAGCAGGCAUGAAAAAGCUUGUUGAACAGAACCUGAGUGUUGAGGACAAGAUAUCACACAUCCUGCUGCGCUAUCGCACUACUCCCCACAGCACAACUGGAGAGUCACCAGCGGACUUGUUCCUGAAAAGACAUGUACGAACACGUUUGGACUUCCUGAAACCAAGCAUCACCGAACGAGUCAGAAAGAGACAGUAUCAGCAGAAGGAGAAACAUGACAGUCAGGCUUCCGAGAGACAGUUUGAUGUAAAUGACUCUGUGUAUCUGCGCAACACUGCAGGAGAGAAACCCAAAUGGAUUCCUGGGGUAGUGACACAACAGACUGGUCCAGUGUCAUACCGAGUGCAAGGCGAGACACCAGACCAAGUGUACCGGCGUCACGGAGAUCAGCUGAGACCUCGCUACCUUCCUGACCCUCCAGAUUCAGAGCCUGGAGGCGAAACUGCGUCAGCUGAGCAGGCGAGUGACCUCUGUGGAACGGACUCCGCAGAACCUGAACCACCAGCUUUUGAGUUGGAACCGCCAGUGCUGCCUGACCCAGAGACAGUGACUUUGAGACACUCAGAGCGUACUAUCAGGCGACCUCAGCGUUACAGGGACUGA